CCGCGGCCUUCAUUCCUCUGCGAAAGGUCUCUGCCUUUCCCUAGGAAAAGGAGGAGAAAAUGAUCAAGUUCCAGGAGACGGUGACGUUCAAGGACGUGGCCGUGGUCUUCAGUGAGGAGGAGCUGGGGCUGCUGGAUUCCACCCAGAGGAAGCUGUACCGAGACGUGAUGCUGGAAAACUUCAGGAACCUGGUCUCUGUGGGGAAUCAGCCCUUCAAGCCAGAGCUUAUAUUCCAGCUGGAGAGAGAAGAAAAGCUUCUGAUGAUGGAGACAGAAACCCAGAGAGAUGGAUAUUUAGGAACCAAGAGUCAACACAUUAUGGAGAGUAAUCAAGAAGUGGGAUUAGGCUACAUUUCUCCCAAAGAGCUUUCUUCCCGGCAGACCUGGCAACAAGGUGCAGGCGGGUUAACCAGGUGUCAAGAUUCCAUGAAAAAUUUUCAAGGGAAUAUUUCUCAAUUUCAAAAACAAGGUGAUUUCCCCUGCCAGCUUUGGGCAGGAGUGCCAAUUCAUAUUUCUGAAGAUGAGAACUGUAUAUUGACUCAUAUAGAGGAUGUUUCCAAUUGCCUAAAAAGUCAAGAAUUUCCAUCUUGGAGAGCCCAGCAUUCUUGGAGGAAAAUGUAUCUGACAGAGUCACAUAAUUAUCAGUGUAGAUGUCAGCAAAUUUUGAUGAAAAAUAAUUUCUGUAAGUGUGACAGCACCAGUUGGAUAUCACAUCAUAAUGAUAAUGUGGGAAUACACAGACAGAAAAAAAACUACAGCUGCCAUGACUGUGGAGGGAACAUCAUGAAGGUUUCAUUGCUUAAUCAAGACUUAAUUCAAACAGGGCAAAAGCCCUACCCCUGUAAUGAAUACAGAAGAGCCUUCAGUGAUGACUCCAGAUCAGAAGUUUAUCAGCAGUUACACUUAGAAGGGAAGACCCAUUCCUACAGUCCAUGUAGAAAGGGCUGUAGUUAUAGUUCAGCUCUUCAUAUUCAUCAAAGUGUUCAUAGAGGAGAUGGUUGUGUUUUUGAGAGUUCACAUCUGCAGUCCCAUCAGAGAGAAUGUAAAGAGGAGAAGCCACGUAGAUGUGGAUAUGGUGAGAACUUCAGUAAGUGCUCCUCUCUUAACACUUGUGAACUUACUCACACAGGGGAGACGUCCUAUAGAUGCAAUAUUUAUGAGAAAGACUUCAGUCACAGCUUAGACCUUAAUAGUAUUUUUAGGGUUUGUACUGUGGAGAAACCCUAUGAAUAUGAGGAGAAUGGGAAUGUCUUUAAUCAGAGUUCUUGUCUUCAAGUCCACCAGAAAAUCCACACUGAAGAGAAACUAUAUACAGAUGUGGAAUAUGAGAAGGGUUUUAUUUGUAGCUCAAGUCUUAACAUCCAGCAUAGAGUUCACAUGGAAGAGAUUCCUUAUAAUUCUGAGGAAUGUGGUAAUGACUUCAGUCUGGCCUCACAUUUUCAGGACCUUCAGAUAGUCCACACUAGGGAACAACCAUAUAAACAUUAUGCAUGUGGUAACAGCUUCAGCCAAAAUUCGUAUCUUCAAGGUCAUCAGAAAAUUCAUAUUGGAGAGAAAGCUUACAAGGACUGUGGGAAUGGCUUCAACUGGAGUUCAAAACUUAAAGAUCGUCAGAGAGUCCACACUGGAGAGAAGCCAUACAAAUGCAAUGCAUGUGGUAAAGGCUUCAGUCAUAUGUCAGUACUUAAUGUUCAUCAGAGAGUCCACACAGGAGAGAAACCUUAUAAAUGUGAGGAGUGUGACAAGGGAUUCAGUCGGAGUUCAUACCUUCAAGCCCACCAGAGAGUCCACACUGGAGAAAAACCAUACAAAUGUGAAGAGUGUGGGAAGGGCUUCAGUCGCAAUUCAUACCUUCAAGGACAUCAGAGAGUUCACACUGGAGAGAAACCAUACAAAUGUGAGGAGUGUGGGAAGGGCUUCAGUCGGAGUUCACACCUUCAAGGCCAUCAAAGGGUCCACACUGGCGAAAAACCAUUCAAAUGUGAGGAGUGUGGGAAGGGCUUCAGUUGGAGCUUUAAUCUCCAAAUUCAUCAGAGAGUUCACACAGGAGAGAAACCCUAUAAAUGUGGAGAAUGUGGUAAGGGCUUCAGUAAGGCCUCAACUCUUCUGGCCCAUCAGAGAGUCCACACAGGAGAAAAGCCAUACCAAUGUGAUGAGUGUGGUAAGAGCUUCAGUCAGAGAUCAUACCUUCAAAGCCAUCAGAGUGUCCACACUGGAGAGAGACCAUAUAUAUGUGAGGUAUGUGGGAAGGGCUUCAGUCAGAGAGCAUAUCUUCAAGGUCAUCAGAGAGUCCACACUAGAGUGAAACCAUACAAAUGUGAGAUGUGUGGGAAAGGCUUUAGUCAGAGUUCACGCCUUGAAGCACAUCGGAGGGUCCACACUGGAGGGAAACCAUACAAAUGUGAGGUAUGCACAAAGGGCUUCAGUGAGAGUUCACGCCUUCAAGCACAUCAGAGGGUCCACACAGAAGGGAGGCCCUAUAAAUGUGAACAGUGUGGUAAGGGUUUCAGUGGAUUUUCAAGUCUUCAAGCUCAUCACAGAGUCCACACUGGGGAAAAACCAUACAAAUGUGAGGUGUGUGGAAAGGGUUUCAGUCAGAGAUCAAACCUUCAGGCUCAUCAGAGAGUCCACACAGGAGAGAAACCAUACAAAUGUGAUGCAUGUGGUAAGGGUUUCCGUUGGAGCUCAGGUCUACUUAUUCAUCAGAGAGUCCAUAGUGGUGAUAAAUUCUAUAAAAGUGAAGAGUAUGGUAAGGAUUAUCCUUCAUCAGAGAAUCCAUACAGAAAUGAAGUUCUAUAA